GGUCCCUUGAAUCACAUGGAUGCAUCAACGGCUUUAUUGAUCCUAUCGGCCAUUGCAGGCUAUUUAAUAUGGUUCUCAUUCAUCGCUCGUCCUCUAAGAGGUCCACGUGUCUGGCCCCUAUUGGGGAGCGUCCCUGGCCUCAUCCAAAACGCCAACCGCAUGCACGAUUGGAUCUGCGAAAACCUACGCGCCUGCGGCGGCACGUACCAGACCUGCAUCUGCGCCCUCCCGUUCCUCGCCCGCAAGCAGUGUCUCUUCACUGUCACGUGCGACCCAAAGAACCUAGAGCACAUCCUCAAGCUGCGCUUCGACAACUACCCCAAGGGCCCCACCUGGCAAGCCGUCUUCCACGACCUACUCGGUGAUGGAAUCUUCAACACAGAUGGAGACACCUGGCUCUUUCAGCGUAAAACCGCCGCACUCGAAUUUACCACCCGAACCCUGCGCCAAGCUAUGGCUCGCUGGGUUACCCGAGCCAUCAAGUUCAGGUUCUGUCCAAUCCUGGCAGCGGCUCAAGCCGAGAACAAAGCCGUCGACCUCCAAGACCUCCUCCUCCGGCUCACGUUCGACAACAUAUGUGGCUUGGCUUUCGGCAAGGACCCUCAGACACUCGCCAUAGACCUUCCAGAGAACACCUUUGCGGUGUCGUUCGAUUGCGCUACAGAGGCCACCCUGCAGCGCUUCAUCCUCCCGGAGAUCGCGUGGAAGUUCAAGAAGAUGCUCGGGCUCGGCUUGGAGGUGAACUUGAGCCGAAGCCUCAAGAACAUUGACCAGUACCUAUCGGAAAUCAUCAACACGCGCAAGACGGAACUUCUCAAUAAACAGCAAGAAGGUACGGCUGGGACCCUCCACGACGACUUACUCUCCCGCUUCAUGAAAAAAAAAGAGUCCUACUCGGACCAGUUUCUCCAACACGUGGCACUCAACUUCAUCCUCGCUGGACGCGACACCUCAUCAGUGGCACUCAGCUGGUUCUUCUGGCUCUGCACCUUGAACCCCAGGGUGGAGGAAAAGAUCCUCCUCGAGCUCUGCACCGUUCUCAUGGAGACAAGGGGCAUGGAAACCUCCAAGUGGGUGGAGGAGCCACUCGUCUUCGAGGAGGUUGACCGCUUGCUGUACCUGAAAGCCGCACUCUCCGAGACGCUGAGGCUCUACCCUUCGGUGCCGGAGGAUUCCAAGCACGUCGUCAACGACGACAUUUUGCCAGACGGAACCUUCGUCCCGUCGGGAUCCAUGGUCACCUAUUCGAUCUACUCCGUCGGUAGGAUGAAGUUCAUUUGGGGAGAGGACUGCAUGGAGUUCAAGCCGGAACGGUGGCUCUCAGAAGAUGGCACCAAGUUCGAGGUGCAAGAUUCAUACAGGUUCGUCUCGUUCAACGCCGGGCCAAGGAUUUGCCUCGGGAAGGACCUGGCGUACCUUCAGAUGAAGUCGAUUGCGGCGGCGGUGCUGCUCCGCCACCGACUCAUGGUGGCUCCGGGACACCGCGUGGAGCAGAAGAUGUCGCUGACGCUGUUCAUGAAGUACGGUCUCAAGGUGAACGUGCUCCCUAGGGAUCUGAGGCCAGUGGUGGAUAAGAUCAUAGCAACAGCAAGAUGCAAGGGUGAUGAAUCGUGCGGUAAAGAAGCUGUGACUGUGACCGGUAAUGGCGUAAAUAAUGAAGCCGUUGAAUUGGUGGCUGCUGUUUCUUAAGUUAAAAUCUUAUGCUUAUUAUAAAUUAUAAUUAUAAAAAUAUAUCAAUAAAAACAACUGCUAUAUAUCUAUCUAUACUACUACCAUAGUGUUUUAUUAAACUUGAUUGAAGGUAAUUUAUGGUGGAGCAUAUAUAUGUGGAAAAUAGAUUUUGUGGCAGUAAUUUACUAAUUUGUAAUGGUGCCUUCAUAAGUUUGGUGUUACCAUGAAUUGGAUAUAUAUGGUACUGUGUGUCUCUCCAUAAGCUACUAGUAUAGAGUGCCAGGGCGGAUAGUAUGGCAUAGCCGUCGUGAUUACUCAUUGAUUGAUAUAAUGUCACAUUUGCAUCAACCUAUUUUCUUGAUUUAGAAUUGUACACGCUUGUAUCAAUAUACUUAUAGUUAAUUCGACAACACGUAUAACAAACUGAUAAGCUUGCACAUGA